AUGCGUAUUGCUGUCUUUACCUUUCAUCCUGCUCCUAACUACACGUGGUAGAUCGUCAACACUGAAAAAUAUUGCGUUUCUACCAUGAGUGUCGUUCCGUGCCUUGCUUGGGUGAAGAGAGGUGUUGCUAAACGCAUCCCUGAUAAAGUUGAGCUUGAAAAAGAGGAACUACGAAGAAUUAUUAGAGAAACAAGAGAAGAAAUUGAUGGCCUUGAGAUUGAAGGAAAUGACGACAUAGAUAGCGACACUAGUGAUGAGGAGGAGGAGAAAAAAGACAAAGAAGAGAAAGAAGAAGGGGAAGAGGAACCAAAGCCAAGUUCCUCAGGACUUUCGCAGGAGAAACAAACCUCUGUUCCAGGCAAAAGGAAACAUGAAGAGGAUCUUGUAGAUGAUGACGAUGACGACAUUGUUGAGAAAUAUGGACUGGAAGAUUAUGAUGAUGAAGAGUUCAAUUUCCACAGUGGUAUUGGUAAUCUGGUGUAUUUCGCUGACAAUAAGGAAGAUCCUUACAUCAAUGAUCAUGAUGAGCCUGACAGUGAUGACGAAAAUGUGAUGAUAAAGCCAUCAGACAACCUUAUCGCUGUUGCACGAACAAUAAAAGAUGCCAGCUUACUCGAAGUUUAUGUCUAUGAUGAACCUGACAGUAAUUUAUUUGUCCAUCAUGAUAUCAUACUGCCUUCUUUCCCCCUGGCCGUAGAAUGGCUGGAUUAUGAUCCUACUGAAGAAACAGGUAAUUAUGUAGCCCUUGGUUCCAUGAAUCCAACUAUUGAUAUUUGGGAUCUUGACUUGAUUGACAGUCUUGAGCCAGUUUUCACCCUUGGCACCAAGCAAAGUAAGAAGAAAAGCAAGAAGAAAGGUUCUGUGCUGGGACAUUCUGAUGCAGUUCUAGAUUUAGCAUGGAAUCGACAAAGCAGAAAUGUUCUGGCCAGUGCAUCUGCAGAUUUUACUGUUGGUUUGUGGGACUUGACAGAGGCCAAAGCUGUAUCCUCCAUCAGAAAACAUGAAGAAAAAGUGCAGUGUGUGAAGUGGCAUCCUGCUGAACAACAGACCUUAUUAACUGGUUCUUUUGAUAGUACUGUACGAUUAUUUGACUGCCGAGAUGCUGGUUACAACCACAAGACUUGGUCAUUUGCUGGAUCAGAAAUAGAACGCGUUGUUUGGAACCAUUACAAUCCUUAUUUCUUUUAUGCCAGCACUGAUAAAGGGAAUGUCUACUACGUUGAUGUCCGUUAUGAUAAACCUAUCUAUACAAUAUCAGCACACACUGCUGCAGUUUCUGGGCUUGUCCUGAGUUCAAGUAUAGAGCACAUGCUUGUUACUUCUUCAUCUGACCAGACAGUCAAAGUAUGGGAUGUUAAAGACAAUGAGCCAAAACAUAUUGUCACCAAAGACUUGAAAUUGGGAGAAAUUAUGUGUGCACUGCCAUGUCCAGAUUCACCUUUUGUCUUUGCUUUUGGUGGGCAAGGAAAUAUGAAAGUUUGGGACAUUCGCCAGAGUGCCGAGGUAAAAUCCUAUUUCAAAACUGGAGAAGCAUUCAACAUUUGCUUAGAAGAUCACGGAGGAAAUAAGAGUAAUGAUGAGGAGGAUGAUGAUGUUUUAAUAAAGAAAACAAAAGGACUGAAAAUUAAGCAUCCCAAAAAAAAGGGUAAAAAGAAAAUGAAAGACAAAAAGGAUAAAAAGAAAAGUAAAGACAAAAAGAAAGAUUCAUCACUUUAAUAAAGACCAAAAAAAAAAAAAAAACUCUUGAAUUUGUGUUUUAUCAUAACUCAAAUUACUCAUUGAAAUUUUUUAUUUUUUUCCAAAACUUUUUUUUAUUUUCACAACCCAAUUCAGAGAGAAGUAGCUGAACCAAUAUGAUCCACCAUCUACCCACCCCAGGAAGAAUUGGGUGUUGAGAAAUCAGAGAAAAGUUCAGUCAAACUAGUAAUAUCUGAAAAGUCAAAUACUUCCUUCCCCAACACUGACUUGGAUUGUUAGCAGAAAACACCACCACCCCCUCCCAUCUCU